UUAUAGCAGGAUUGCGGCAGGCAUUCUAACACUGGGGGAAACUGACUUGGUGUCACUGACAUCCCCAGUGACACCAAUACGAUGAUCAGUGCUAAUAAAAAGCACUGACACUGUACUAAUGGCACUGGGGAAGAAGGGGCUAACAUGUGGGGCAAUCAAAGGGUUAACUGUGCUGUGUGCUGUUUUACUAUGUUGGCUGUGUGUGUGUUUCACUGUAAGCACACUGCUUUGUAGGGCUCUGCUGUGCAGAGCCCUACAGAUCAGUGUGCAGGAACUGACAAGGGAGAGAUCUGUAUUGUUUACAUACAGUGUAGCGGGUAGUCCCGAAAAUGCAAAAUCA